AUGACUUCUCCUCCUCCCAUCUGUCUCUUGUUGAGAAUAACAGGUUCACCUUUUCUCGACCAUGUACACCACCUGGCAGGUCCAUCGAACUUAAAACGUUUUUCAUCAGUAAAUAUCACUUUCUUGAAGUCGACAUGUUUUGUUAUCCAUCUUUUGGCGCUUCCCAGCCUUGCAUCCUUGUGUUUUCUCGUUAGUGUAAUUCUUUUCUUGAUUUUAGCAUACUUAAGUCCAAUUUCGUGUAGCUUUCUUUGUACAGUUCGAACACUGACGUCAAGUUCACACUUCUCCUUUACUUUCUUCGCUGUCACCUUUUCUCCAGAUGAUAACAGCCUCUUGGGUUAUGUUCAGGUAUCUAUCUAUCUAUCUAUCUAUCUAUCUAUCUAUCUAUCUAUCUAUCUAUCUAUUUUCAUAUCUAUCUCUUUUCAUAUCUAUCUAUCUCUUUUCGUAUCUAUCUAUCUAUCUAUCUAUCUAUCUAUUUUCAUAUCUAUCUCUCUUCAUAUCUAUCUAUCUGUCUAUCUAUCUAUCUUUGUCUGCACCAUAUCUAUCUAUCUAUCUAUCUAUCUAUCUAUCUAUCUAUCUAUCUAUCUAUCUUUUUCAUAUCUAUCUAUCUAUCUAUCUAUCUAUCUAUCUAUCUAUCUAUCUAUCUAUCUUUGUCUGAACCAUAUCUAUCUAUCUAUCUAUCUAUCUAUCUAUCUAUCUAUCUAUCUAUGUUCGGCUGUUAUUUAUCUACGUAUUUAUGUCUUUCUUCUCACUGUCUUCCUAUCUAUCUAUCUAUCUAUCUAUCUAUCUAUCUAUCUAUCUAUCUAUCUAUCUAUCUAUCUAUGUCUGCACCAUAUCUAUCUAUCUAUCUAUCUAUCUAUCUAUCUAUCUAUCUAUGUCUGCACCAUAUCUAUCUAUCUAUCUAUCUAUCUAUCUAUCUAUCUAUCUAUCUAUCUAUGUCUGCACCAUAUCUAUCUAUCUAUCUAUCUAUAUAUCUAUCUAUCUAUCUAUCUAUCUAUCGAUCUAUCUCUUUUCAUAUCUAUCUCUCUUCAUAUCUAUCUAUCUAUCUAUCUAUCUAUCUAUCUAUCUAUCUAUCUAUCUUUAUCUAUCUUUGUCCAUAUCUAUCUAUCUAUCUAUCUAUCUAUCUAUCUAUCUAUCUAUCUAUCUAUUUGUCUGAACCAUAUCCAUCUAUCUAUCUAUCUAUCUAUCUAUCUAUCUAUCUAUCUAUCUAUCUAUCUAUCUAUGUUCGGCUGUUAUUUAUCUACGUAUUUAUGUCUUUCUUCUCACUCUCUUCCUAUCUAUCUAUCUAUCUAUCUAUCUAUCUAUCUAUCUAUCUAUCUAUCUAUCUAUGUCUGCACCAUAUCUAUCUAUCUAUCUAUCUAUCUAUCUAUCUAUCUAUCUAUCUAUCUAUCUAUCUCUUUUCAUAUCUAUCUAUCUAUCUAUCUAUCUAUCUAUCUAUCUAUCUAUCUAUCUAUCUAUCUAUCUAUCUUUGUCUGCACCAUAUCUAUCUAUCUAUCUAUCUAUCUAUCUAUCUAUCUAUCUUUGUCUGAACCAUAUCUAUCUAUCUAUCUAUCUAUCUAUCUAUCUAUCUAUCUAUGUUCGGCUGUUAUUUAUCUACGUAUUUAUGUCUUUCUUCUCACUGUCUUCCUAUCUAUCUAUCUAUCUAUCUAUCUAUCUAUCUAUCUAUGUCUGCACCAUAUCUAUCUAUCUAUCUAUCUAUCUAUCUAUCUAUCUAUCUAUCUAUCUAUCUAUCUAUGUUCGGCUGUUAUUUAUCUACGUAUUUAUGUCUUUCUUCUCACUGUCUUUCACACUGUUGUCCCUUGUUUGCAGAAAUGCAUUUGCGGAACUAAUUCUAUAAAAAACAUUAUUUGUUCUAUUCAGUGUUAUUGCAAAUUAGAUCAUCUCGCUGUUUUUUUUGUCUCCCUUGUUCUCGGGAAUAUUAAUAAGCUCACUUAG